GGAGCAUCUUCCUCUAUGCAAUCUCACCCAGAGAGUAAUAAUAACGAGAAAGAAAGAAAAAAAGUUGAGGAAUGAGGAUGAUUAAUCAUAUUCUUUUCGAGCUUUAUGUUAUGUCAAAGCGAUAUAGUUCAAUUCUACCAGUGAUUUGAUUUUGGUUCUUUCAAUGGGAAAAGGACACGAUAAUUACAGAAUCACCCCCCAAGGGGGUAAGUGCGUUGACGGCGCGUGAGUUACAAGAAUCAACGACACAUGAAAAGUGGUGAAAUUGACGCUUUCACAGUGCAGAAUAGCAGACAGACGUAGACACAACGUUACUCAACAAAACCAACCUCUGUUUUCGGUGGUUGUCCCCAUAACAUAAAUAUUAUUAUAUUAUUUGGUUUUGACCAAUGCUAGGGUGCGCCCGCGGUGUUCCGUUUGUCUCUUUAGUCUUAUCCUACGCACCCUUCACUCACUCACUCUUCCCCUUCUUAUCCCUACACGCGCCUUAAUGGCACGAGAUUGCAGCUUUUUAGCAGAAGUAGCAUUGUUUGGCUGUGAAUUGAGAACGUUGCAGUGGGUCUUUGCUUUUGCUUUGUGUUAUGGUGGGUCCGUCGUCGUUUUGCAGUAUCAAGGGUUGCUUUCUGCUUCAGUGUUGUCGUGGGUUUUGCAGAGUUGUUCCCAUGUCUUUUGUGGAUCACAUUAUUGUACCUUGUUCCCUCAUGUGAGAGUGAGCUUUUCAUAAUGGGUACUAUUUGGGGAAUACAAAGAUCGUUUUUUUUUUUUUUUUUUUUUUGGGUUGGUGAGGGAAUGUGAAGUUUCUGAGCGGUGAAAGAGAGGAGGAGAGAGAGAGAGAGAGAGAAGGGUGUUAAGCAUUGAAUGAUUCUUAGGCUUUGAACAAUGUAGAGAGAAAUUCGGUGUUUAGGAAGUUGGUUUUGACUUUUGGUUUUUAUUUUAGUGUCGGUUGUUUUGGGAAGUGUUGCAGAAAUGAAUGAUUCUGCAGUGAAGAGUUUAGCUAUCUCGGAGAAGAAGGUGCAGAAACCUGGUGGUUGUGUUGGCAUUUUCUUUCAGCUCAUUGAUUGGAAGAGAAGACUCUCCAAGAAAAAGCUCUUCUCUAAGAAGCUGCUGCCUCCUGCUCGUGCAAAGAAAUUUAAGGGAGAUGAAAAGAUGCCAAAUUCCAAGCUUCACUUGAUUGCCAAUGAGAAUAGUGGAGGUUUCCCAGGUUCUAAAAAGGGUGGGAAUCAUGGUGUAGAUGUAGAGGCAAAGAGUGAAAUGCGAGUUCCGAGUCUUGUAGCUAGGUUGAUGGGUCUAGAAUCUAUUCCAGCUGCACAGCGAGAUAAGUCCAAGAAAGCCUUUUGUUCUGAUGAUUGUGGUGAUGUGAUGAAGGAAUCUCUGGGUAACCAUUGUGAGUUGGAUAAGCAAGGUGUGGAUUCGGAAAUGGGAAUUGUAAAGCAUGAUUCAAGACCUCAGAAGCUUCAGAAAACUGGGGUGUAUGAGAGAAGGGCAGUGACUAGGUUUGGAGCUGAGGCCCUGCAAAUUAAGAAUGUUUUGUCCCGAGCAAGAAAGUAUAAUCACCAUCACCCAAAGCUUGCUUCUCCUUUGAAGAGCCCCAGAAUUCCUUCUGGAAAGAGUGGUUCUAGAAGCUCUAGACUAAUAGGAGCUGCUACUAAGAUUUUGGAACCUGGAUUGCAAACCAGUAGAGCCAAAGGUUCUCUUACAUACCAUGCUUCCAAAUAUCCUCCAAAGACUGACAUUGCGUCAAAUGGUGUGGAUGAAUUGGAAACCAGUAGAGCCAAAGCUUCUCUUACAUACCAUGCUUCCAAAUAUCCUCCAAAGACUGACAUUGCGUCAAAUGGUGUGGAAAAUAGGUCAGCAGUUAUGCAAAAUGAAUCCUGUUAUGAUGCAAGCUCGGCCAAGCCAUUGACCGGGCAGGCUUCAUGCAAAAGUUGUGGUAAUUUGGUUGAUGUUGUUGACUGCAAGUUUGAGGUUGGGGGGCAACCAUCUGUUCCUCCACCCCUUGUAUCAGAUGUGAUCGCUGCUACCUCCAUGGUAUCUUCGCAUAAGAAGGGGAAGUCAUCUACUCCCUCUCGUGGACAUGAAAGAGAUGUAGUUCUUCUGACAAGUCGGGAAAAGCUCAUAUCUCUUGUUACUGAAGAAGAGGGAAAAAACAUUGCACAACAGUCAUGGAAUGAAUCCACUACCAGAAGAAUCCCAAUGGCCCAUGAAAGUCCAGCUAAAUGGAAUUCAUCAUGUCAACGACCAUUUAGGACCACAGAGGAUGAUGCAUCUUCUUUUGCCUUAAAACACAAAACUCAAACACAAGAACAAAUGUUGAGCAAUGAAAGAUUUUCAUCUGGAUCUACGAUGAGUAAUGUGCAAGUAAAACGAGUGUCUUCUAUGAGCAGUGUGCAUGGGACUAAAGACUUCGUUGCUUUGAAUAGAAGCCUAAGUGGUCGAACAAGGAUGAGAUCACCAACAAAAGUGGAUAGUUCUAAGUUUGACCUAGAGAAAAAACAUUACUAUAAUAGACAACAUAAUUCCUUGUGUCAUGUAAGGGCAUUAGAGAGAAAAAGAAGGAUUGCAAAUGUCACACAAUUUGAAAGCUCGGUGUCUGUCAAUUCAGUUGGUGUGAAACAGAGAAAUCCUCAUUCUGAUACACUGGGUGGAAAGAGGAGGGACUUCAAUGCAGUCUCCUUGUACAGCUCAAAUGCUAAAGAUAAACAAGAUGGUCUGGGAGAAACUGUUAAGGUUAAUGACAAGAAGAUCAAUGAUGUAGUGUCAUUUACAUUUAAUUCCCCCUUGAAUCAAAAAAUAGAAAUACCUGCCGAUAAGGAAGAGACAAGCAGUGAAAAUGAGAGGAAGACAUAUUUCCAAAGACCUUCACCUUUGAGAAUGGAUGCUUUAGGUGCCUUUCUAGAACAAAAAUUGAAGGAAUUAACUUCUCAAAGAGAUGAAGAGUUGGCUACAGGAGCUGCGCCUAAAAAAUCAAGUGCUAUGAUUCUUCAAGAGCUGAUAUCUGCUCUAAGUUCAGAGCAUCUAAUCUGUCAUGAUGGUAGUCAUAUGUUCAAUGAAAAUGUUGGCUUCCAUCAUGGAGCAAAAUCAGAAAGGUUAUUAGGAACUUCUUGCAAUGGUAAUCAUCUCAGUCCUGGAUCUGUUUUGGAAGCUUCCUUUUCUUCCAGUAGUCUGGAUGAAAGCUCAGGGCAUCAUGGUAUUCACCCUGACUCCAUGAAUUACUCCUAUGGUCAAUUGGAACAAUUUGAACAUGAUACUGAACUUUUAGAUUCUGCAACAUCCUGUAACAAAGGGAGGGCAAGUGAGAUACUGACUGAUCUUGUCAACCAAAUUCCUAUGACAUUAGAAAGUUUAUACUCUUUUGGGACACAAUUGACAAGAAGCAAGCUCAACCAUAUGAAGGACAUUCUCUUGAAUGCUGAAUUGGUGCUUGGAAUUACAACUGAUUGCAGAGAGGAUGAAGUGCCACAGCUUCUAGUUUAUCGGUUUCUUGACAAGGAGCUUGACACUAUGGUAGGUGAUGCUAUGUGGACAGUUAAUUGCUUUGUUGGUUGUGAGGACUCUAAACAUAGAAAGGAGCUCAAGGGAUUUCUGCUUGAUUGUGUUAUAGAAUAUCUAGAAUCAAAUUGCUGCCAAUAUUUCAACUCUGGAUUUAAGGCAUGGACAAAGCUGCCAUUAUGCAUGAAAGCUAAGAUGUUGGCUCAAGAGGUUAAAAGGGAAAUCAACAAGUGGUUAUGUAUGGUUGGGAUGGUACCUGAUGAAAUAAUAGAAUGGGAAAUGAGCCACUCCUUGGGGAAAUGGACUGAUUUUGAUAUUGAAGCAUUUGAGGCUGGUGUUGAUUUAGAUGGGGACAUACUUCAAAUUUUGGUCGAUGAAGUUGUUGAAGACCUUGUAUGUUGCAAGCAGGGCUUCAUUUCCUUGUAAAAUUCCUCUCAGCUGGUGGUCAUGCAACAUCUCACCAGAGAAAAAUGUUCUGAUCUAAAACAAGGCAAAUUUUUUGUACAAAUAGGAUUAUGGUAUUUCUAAUGGAGGCUUAUUUUGGCUCUUUGAAUUAGUGGACAAAUAAAGUCCAGUGACAAUGCUUUUUUAUUAUUAUUUAUUUUUUCAAUUAUAUAUGUCUGUGAUUUGCU